CUUGCUUUAAACCGCCUUAAUGCCAGUGUACCAGUUGACAUUUCAACCAUAUCGUUUAACGUUCGACCUCCACGGAUCGUAAGACUUGAUAACAUAGUGCUAUGGCAAGACAGCUUGAACUUGCACAGAAAACUUUCUUGUGCGAUUGACGACAUUCUUGUUUUCGAGUUAGGAUGCUCGGAGGACGAACCAAGCGGCGGCUGUGAUAUAGAAUGGUGGCAGGCUCACAAGGAGAUUGAACCAGGUCAGUGCUUUACCGCUCUAUGA